GCGAAAAUGCUACAUUAAUCUUCAUAAACUAUACAAUUAAUUUGUUUCUUUUUUAUUGUGUUAUCUACCUCAAAUGGUCACCCAGCAGUACCUUCCACUAAGGAAAAUCAGUUGAAUCCAAUUGCCUCUAGCCACAUGGAUGCAGAAAGCUUAUCGCAACUUCUAGGUAUCCCUAGAGGGGACCACUGGGAAAAUAAACAUGAUUUUGAAUUGCAGCAUGAAGAGAAUAACCAAAAUUUGGAAGACUCUGAAUCUUCGGUAUCAUCUACAUGUUCUGAUACGGAAGAAAUAUUGCAAUCGCCAUGGCAACAAGAUGGUACUUCAGAUGCGGAGCAUGCCUUUACGCACAAAACAAAUGGAAAACGAUGUUGGUGGCAUUUUGAAAGACAUUUCGAUUAUAUGAUUGAUCGGAAGCUCAGACCAAUAGAAGAAUAUAUCAUUUCUAGAGGCCCUGGAAUACGAGAUUUGGAAAAAAAGGUGACAUAUACCGUAAACGACGAUUAUACAGAUGAUUACGAAUCAUUAGGUAGUUCAUACGGGUGCAGUAGUAUAUCCAUACAUGAUGCCAUUACCACUCUUAUUGAUACAUAUAAGCAAGGUUGGAAGAGUAUUUUUAAUGGAUUCGAUUGUUUAGAUCACCAAAGAGUAAAUCAAUUUCAGAAUUCCAUAGAUCAAGACUUCCAGAAUUUGGUGGAGAGUUCUAACAUCGUUGAAACUCCACGGGCGAGAAAAUUGUUCGACGAUACGACUAAUGUUGCAUCUUCACACAUGCCUGUAUCUAUGGAUGAUCAACAAAAACAGUCCAAAGUUGUAUUUACAAGAACCCAGAGCUCACAAAGGUUUGCCAGUAAUGCUUUUGUGCCAACUCCGCAGAUGCCCAGUAACACAUAUACUGGUCAAUCCUUCAACAAUAAUGGAAGUGUAGGACAAUCCAAUAUUAUACCACAAACUACCGAUACAUCAGCUAAAAUGAAUUCUCAACUAUGCCCUGGUUAUAGCCGUAAUAGUGCAGACUUCUUCCGGAUACUAGAGACUAAAGGAUGUAAAUCAUUUUAUGAUCUACUAGACCGUUUAUUUGUAGGCUUGGAAGGGUGCCGUAUAGGCAGUCGUUAUGUGCAAACGAUAGAUCUCUUAUCUGUGAUUUUACAACUAAUGCCCGAACUUAUAUGCCUACUAAUUGGCCCAAGUAUAAACAAACGUGAUGCUAGCGGGCGACGGUACUGCUAUUUUAAACGUUUCGUCAUUUUGAUACGUUCAUACCUAAAAUAUCUGGGUAUAGAAUCGUUCUUAACCAUAUUGGAGAUGUUUAAAGAUGCAACAUCAGGUCGCUAUACUCCUUUCUAUCUCAUAACCGGCGAAAAAGAAAUCGCAACAAAGCAUAUUAAAGCGUCGAUGGCUUCUAUAAUACUCUUUCGUUUGUUAAUGCUCUCAAAACAGAUCAGUGAGAAGUGCAGACAAUGGAUAUUUUUGGAUUUCCACAAUUGCGAUUUCAAGAAUAAGCUUAUACAGCGACUUAAACGUUUUGUAUAUUUACCCCUUUUCUCAAUGAAAUUAGUUCACGAAAUAUUGGUGCCGCUUAGUGGUCAACUAUUUUGUUCUCAGGCGUGUCUAAUGAAUUUCAAUUAUUUGAAAUGGGUUAGGUGGUAUUUAUAUCCUAGUCCACCGUUGUAUCUUUUGCGUUCUACCCUUUUGGAUCUAGUACAUAUGGCAGUUGUGACAACACAAUUGAAUCUAGUAGGAUGGUCAUCGAGAUUGAAGAAGAAUCUAACGGAAUAUGCGCCUGUAAAAAUUGGGUCAAAUUAUGAAAUGAAGUUAAGGUUGAUGGUUUACUUAUUGGUUUAUCAGGCAUCAUAUAUACUUGCCCCUGAAUACCUAAGUACUUGCGUAAACAAUCCCCAGUAUUUCUUUGGAAGCUACUAUCUUAUGUUGCCUCAUGUGCAAUAUGGACUUUCCAAGGUUGUUCAAGAUGCUUUAAUGGAAAAGAAAAUAUACCCACUGCAAGAGAAAGUAGUGGAUCUACUCAAGGUAACUCUAGAUGAAUACUUACUGUCUCGUGAUCUCAUAUUGGAUUUUCAUGGCUCCAGCCUUACUCAGUCUAAUAUUUUUAAACGAGUUCUUGCGUUAGCUUGGCACUACAAUACAGCGCCAAGGAUAAGCGAUGGUGAAUGUGGCAUUUCCAUAAGCCCAACCAUAGAAACAAAAUUGCAGAUGGACGAUAAUAGAUGCCACGGGGAAUGCCAUAACGUAGCGCCAUAUUCGGCUUCUAAUUGCAUCGAUUUCCUAAAAAACAAUACAUUGUCGACGGUAUUCUUCCGUCAAAACGCUGCUGCCAUGCAACCAGUGAAAUGUAUAUUUACAACUGCAGACGAAAUUGAAUCUAAAGUGCGCAGAAAUGAAGAUUUUAUAAAUCAUUCACGCGUAGCUGAAAACGAAUUUGUUGUAGUUCGAGGUUGCAUUUUGGAUCAAGCGCCGAUAGAAAUGGUAUUCAGUAAUGAAGCUAGGCCUACUGCAAGAGGUUACGAAUCUAUGGAAUCAGAUACUCAUAGUGUAAAAUCAGUGCAAAAACAUGCUAUGAGAAACAAGCACUGUAGUCUAGGCUGCUUACUCAAUCGUCAUGCACCGGUUCAAACUGACCUAAAUGUUGAUGAAUUGAGGUGGUCAGUCGUACUACAGUGCGUAGGAUUAUUAUCAAGAUAUCUUGGAGAUGACCCAGAUACACUAAAAAUGAAAAAUGUAGAUUAUAACGAUACGAUUGGACUUCUGCUACCUAUAUGGAGGGCAUUGGUAGAAAAUCUGUGUUGUAAUGAAGUUAAAGAUCGACAGCCAUGUCAUAAAGACACCAUCGCUUGGGGAUCACGUAAAGCUACACCUAGCACCAAACUGCGUCAAAAAUGAAACAUUUCCA